AUGCCGCCGAAAACUAGUGGAAAGGCAGCCAAGAAGGCUGGCAAGGCCCAGAAGAACAUCACCAAGAACGACAAGAAGAAGAAGCGGAAGAGGAGGAGAGCUAUGCUAUCUACAUUUACAAGCUUUGUGAAUGACAUCUUCGAGCGUAUUGCUGCCGAGGCUUCUCGUCUGGCGCACUACAACAAGCGCUCUAACCAUCACCAGUCGGGAAAUCCAAACUGCUGUUCGCCUGCUCCUGCCCGGAGAGUUGGCUAA